AUGUUUCUAGCACUGAUUAUUCUCUGCAUAUCUAUACCUUUCUCAUCGACUGGUAAAAUUGAUCAUUGGUCAGUCGGUAGUAUUAUAAUCACUGAUCCAACAACACAAUUUCGACUUGAUAUUUAUUCUCCAACAACCCCUGGCUCUUAUCCAGUUCUUAUUUUUUUACCUGGUCUAGCAGGUAUAGUACCUUCACCAUUUUAUCACAAAUUAGUAUCAACAAUUGCUGAGCUAAAUGUUAUUCUUAUUGGAAUUUCAAAAAUUGAAAAUAUAAAACCAGAAAAAGUCGCUGUUCAUAUAGCUGAAUUUCUCGAAUGGGUUGUGAAACCAGAUGAUGGUGCUACUCGGCUUUUUGCUGAACAUAGAGAAGUCAAAGGUGUUAUACCAAAUAUGGAACAUCUUGGUUUUAUAUCACACUCAUCAGCAGCUCAUCCACUCGGUCAAUAUCUCAAUACAACAUGUGGUCCAGUAAAAUUAAUUAUUAUGAUGAAUCCUGUUGAUGGUAUUGAUCCAUUCGGUUUUGUACAAGAUUUCAUCACACAUCCUCCAACUCCUCUUCCAUUUCGAACACCAACACUAAUAAUUAGUAAUGGUCUAGAUAAUGUUCCUGCUCAUAAGGAAAUUCCACCAUGUGCACCAAAUAAUAUCAGCAAUGAUCGAUGGUAUCGUUCAUUAUAUGGACCGACAUUUCUUGUUAAUUUAACUGAUUAUGGUCAUGCCGAUAAUCUCGAUGAACCAAUUCACGAGACUAGUAAACUUAUGUGUGCAUGGUGCAAGGGUACUAUCUGUAGUUUUUCUCAAUAUAAAACUGAAGAAGCAACAUUAAUCACAUCAUUUGUUUAUGCAAUAUUCAAUCGAGAUAUACAACAAUUACGGAUUAUUGAAAAUCCACAAGCUUUUCUUGAAAGUCGUGUUUCAAACAAAUAUGAUCUGCAUGGUUAUGAUUAUAAAACUGGAGGACCAGGUGGUUUUUGUACUCAUGAUUAA